AUGGCCUCAAUUGAUGAUGCUCGAACCAGGUGUCCAGAAAUCGUGCUGGUCAAUGGGGAGGACCUCACGCCCUACAGGCAAGCCAGCAAGAGGAUCUUCUUUGUCCUUGCUCGGUUCGGAACCCUCGAAAGGCUCGGAUUGGACGAGGCGUUUGUGGACCUUUCACCUCAAGUGGCCGCCAUGGUGGCAGCAGGAAGCUUCAAGGAAGGCUUCCUUGGGCAUGUGGAGAGGGGUGCAGCAACAGGAGGAGGAAAAGGAGGAGGGGCAAGUGAGAUUGAUAGGGAAGGCGGACGAGGAAGUGAGGAGAAUGAUCAUGAUGAUCGUUGUCUGUUUCUGGGGCCAGGAGAGUGCCACUUGGCAGCAGGCAGUUGGCUGGCCGGCGAGGCAAGGCGAGCAGUGGAGGAGGAGACCGGGUACCAGAUGUCAUGUGGCGUGUCACACAAUUCGGCUCAAAUUACGCCUGGGCCAGCGCUGGAGGAGGUGACGGGGUACCAGAUGUCAUGUGGGGUGUCGCGUAAUAAAAUGCUAGCCAAGCUUGUGAGCUCCCGCCACAAGCCCAAUGACCAGACGACACUUGUCGCGUCCGCAGCCGUGGAUUUCAUCUCCAAUCUGCCCGUCCGGAAGGUACCAGGUGUCGGCAGGCGAUUGGAGGAGCAGCUUGCCUCGAGGGGUGUUACUGUAAUGAAGGGUCUUCUCGCCUUCACCCUUCAAGAUCUGCAGAUGUGGCUCGGCCCGAAGCUGGCGCCAUUCCUCUUUGGUGCGUGCCGAGCCUACGACCCCACACCGGUGACAUGCAAGGGACCAGCCAAGAGUGUGUCUGUGGAAGACUCGUUCCCGCCCAUCCACUCCCUUGCACAGGCUAAGGUGGCAGGUAUUCCUGAACCAACACCUCUAGUGGCAUGCAAGGACCCAGCCAAGAGAGUGAUUGUAGAGAAUUCCUUCCCUUCCAUCCACUCCCUCGCACAGGCCAAGCCUAUCGUGCACAGCCUGCUACCUGACCUGCUCACUCGCAUAGACGAGGAGUGGGAGGAGACAAGGAGACGACCAAAGACGUUCACUGUCAAAUGGAGGAAGAGAGAGAAGGAGUACCGGUUCACCUCUGCCUCGUGCCCCAUGCCUUCCCAAGCCCUCUCUCCCUCCACCCCUCCCGCCCUCCGCGUUUCCUCUCUCCUCCGCCUCGCCUCCUCCCUUCUCUCCCGUGCCUUCACUUCUCCUUCAGCUGCAGCUGCCACUUGUAGCAGCAGUAGAACAGAAGCUUCUGAGUUACCUUCUCUUCCAGCAGUGGCCAGCUCUACUGCUGCUGCCAGUUGUGAUGCUCGUGAUUCCGCAUUUCAGGUCCUCCCAGUGCUGGUGAUCAACGUGGGUGCCACGAAUUUCCUCUCCUCCUCCCCCCAGCAGCCCGAGUGUGGGCAGCCAGGGAGUGCUGCUGCUGCUGGGGGCCUGCAGCGGUGGCUGAAGAAAUCACACAGUACAGACAUUGGGAAUGCUGGUGGAGGGGACCUGCAGCAGUGUCUUGAAACACACAGAACAGACACGGGAAGAUUCAAUGCUGGGGGCCUGCAGCGGUGGCUGAAAUCACACAGUACAGACACUGGGAAUGCUGGUUCUGGGGGUCUGCAACAAGGCAUCAAGCCACACAGAACCGACACUGGGAGUGCUGGUGCGGAGGGGCAGACGGCUCUGCCACUGCGGAGGGAUGCUGCUGCUGCUGGGAGUAUGGAUCGGUGGGUGAAGCCGCGAGGAGUGGGCGCAGGGUAUUUUGUACAGCGGGAAAGGGAGCAGAGAGAUGGGAGAGAGGAGGAAGAUGAGAUGAAAGGGAAGAAUGUGGUACUCGGUGCUGAGAAGAGAUGCUCGCAGGUGCUCCCACUGAGGAAGGCUGGGAGUGGGUACUUGGAUCGGUGGCUGGGGCCUCGAGUGGGUUCUAGGAAGAUGGGAGAAGAGGAGGAACUGGUGACGCAGGGAGGGGUGGCGAAGGCUGAUAUUGUUGAAGUGGAGGAGAGAGUGAGGGAUGGAGAGGGAGGGAAGGUGAGGGAUGCUGAUGAGGAUAACUAUGCUCAGGCCGAAGGGGUGGAGGAGCAUCGUGACUAUCACUUUGCUUUGAGGCUGGAAGCAGAGGAAAACGGGGUGGCCAAGAGCUCAAAAUUAGACCGCCCUUUGAAGAGGGAGAUGGCAAGUGCCGAGGGCAAGCACACUCAGACAAUGCAAACAAAGCGUUCUAAAUCGGAGAGAAAGUUUUUGGGUGGCCCUGGAAAGGGAAAGGCAGACCGUAAUGCCACUUUGGAUGGAUUUGUGUCUCGCCAGAGUGUGCUUAAAUGA